AUGGCGGCCGGUGUGGGUUGCCCACACACGAUGGCGGAAGUGGACGAGAUGAUCAAGUGUUUGCGCACCCGUGACCCCAAGGAGCUGCUAGACAACGAGUGGGAGGGUCACGGAGGGGUCGUCGACUUCCCCUUCGUGCCCGUCAUCGACGGCACUUUUCUAGACCAGAUGCCUUCCAAGUAUUUGGAGAGCAAGGAUUUCAAGAAGACGAACUUGCUUCUCGGGUCGAACUCGGAGGAAGGUUCGUUCUGGUUGCUGUACUUCCUGCCGUGGAAGUUCCAGAUGGAGUUUGGGUCCAAAGACGGCCUGAAGCGGCCGCCCGCCAACGUCCGGUUUAACAUGUCCGACUUCCGGCGUGCCCUCAACGACAUGUUCCGCGGCUACAGCAAAAUAGUCAAGGAAGCCAUUGCCUACGAGUACCUGGACUGGCUGAACCCGCGCGACACGUUGAAGCUGCUGGACUCGUUGGAUAAGAUGAUCGGGGAUUUCCACUUCACGUGUGCUGUGAACGAGCUGGCGUACCGGUACGCCGAGGCUCAACAGAACUCCGUGUACUACUACUACUUCACGCAGCGGAGCUCAGUGUCGCCCUGGCCGCCGUGGAUGGGCGUCCUUCACGCGGACGAGAUCGCCUUUGUGUUCGGCGAGCCCCUGAACCCGUCCAAGGGCUACCGCAAGGAGGACAUCCAGCUCUCGCGCCGCAUGAUGCGCUACUGGGCCAACUUUGCCCGCACUGGGUAUUCUCCUACGGAUAUCCCAUUUCCGGAUUCGCAUAUUAGUGAAUAUCCGGCAUCACUGUCCAGUGAAGAUGGCAGGAGAAAGCUCAGGGUCGGUCACAAACACAUACAUAAGUACACAAUGCCAUGUAGCCCUGUUUCCCGGGGGUUUCUCAGUGCCAUCAGGGCUACGAUCGACGUCGCAAUGUAA